AUGAGUUUCUGGAGCAGAAGAAAGAAGUGGUCAUGGGCGCCGCUUUUGUGUCUGGUCUGGCUGCUGUGUACUGUCCUCGGCGUGUCAUCGUACCCCAAUGUCACUGAGGAAUGUUCUGGCAUGUCUAUGCGUCUCCGGGCCUUCCGGCUGCAGGUCCGCUGCAACGUGAGCGUUCUGAGCGAGAAGCAAGCGGAGGAGAUCCAAGCCCCGGCUAGCGUGUUGUACCUACCGACGCUGUAUCUCCUGGCCCUGGCGACGGGUCUCCCGGCCAACCUUCUGGCCCUUUGGGUCUUGGUCUUCAAAAGCAAGCGUCUGCCAUCCACCGUCUUGCUCAUCAACCUGACAGCGCUGGACUCCUUGCUACUGCUGGUGCUGCCCUUCCGCAUCGUGUACCACUUCCGAGGGAACCACUGGGAGCUAGGCGAGGCCUUCUGCCGGACGGUCACCGCCGUCUUCUACGGCAACACGUACGGUUCGGUGCUCUGCCUGGCGCUUGUGGCCGCGGACCGCUACGUAGCUUUGGCGCACCCGUUUGGGGCCAAGACCUUGCGCGGCCGGAGGACUUCUCUGCGGAUGACGGCGCUGGUGUGGGUGGCGACUCUGGCGGCCAUGUUGCCGCUGCUGUCAUCGCAGCAGACGUAUACUCUGGAGCGUCCCCGGAUCACAACGUGCCACGAUGCUCUGCCCCAGCGGGAGCAGGACCGCUUCUUCCUGCCUUACUUCGCCACCCUGUUCACAUUGGGCUUCCUCCUGCCCUCGGUGGUUUUCGUCUUCUGCCACUGCGGCGUCCUACGAGCCCUGCUGCCUGAGGGCGCGCGUUACGCUCGCGCCGUCCGGGUCACGCUGCUGGUGCUGCUGGUAUUUGUGGUCUGCGCACUGCCCAGUAACAUCCUCCUGCUCCUCACCUAUGCCGGCGACGGGGACGGCUUGGGCCAGGACGUCUACGUGCCGUACACGCUAAGCUUGGCCGUCAGCUCCUUCAGCAGCAGCGUCGACCCCUUUAUCUACUACUACGUGUCGGCCGACUUCAGGGACAAGGCCAAGGCCGUGCUGUGCUGCCGCGGCGAUGCUCCCGCGCCGGCCCGUACACCCGGCAAAGCAUCCAGCUCUUCGUAUUCUUCCGGGAACAGGACAAAAGUCACCUUGAUGUCUGUCCCCACGCGCAACUGA